AUGGGCUCAACAGGAUAUCCUAAACGCGCUGCGCGCAUCAUGAACAUCUCAGGCUCGCCGGUCGACCGACGAGAUGCUAUGGCGAAGGCAGCAAACUCGGACGAACCCAUCGAUUUCCUGGUAGGCGAUUGGAUGUCAGAGUUGAAUAUGCCGGCUCGAGCAUACGCCAUGUCAACCGGUGACACAGCAGCCAUCGGUUACGAGCCGUCGUUCCUCGAAGCUUUGGAGCCAGCGCUUCCCUCUAUCGUCGAGAAGAGGAUCAAGGUGGCGGCAAAUGCCGGCUGCGUUGCGACCAAGGAUUUGUUCGAUGAAGUCGUGAGCAUGAUCUCCAAGCAUGGCCUGAGCGACAAGCUCAAGGUGGCAUGGGUGGAGGGCGACGUAGUAACUUCGACCGUGCUGGGAGCGGACUCGUCCUCACUGGUGUCCGUGUGCACUGGCGGUCGUCUCUCAGAAUGGCCUUUCGAGCCGGUGUUUGCGCAGUGUUACCUUGGCGGAUGGGCCAUCACGAAGGCGUUCGAAGCCGGCGCGGAUAUCGUGCUGUGUGGAAGAUGUGCAGACGCUUCUCCCAUUGUUGCUGCGGCGGCUUGGUGGCAUGGCUGGCAGCGAGAGGACUUCGACAACCUCGCUCGGGCCCUGAUUGCUGGUCAUCUGAUUGAGUGCUCGACCUAUGUGACAGGAGGCAACUUCACUGGCUUCAUCAAACAGAUGGACUGGUCCAUGAUCCAUGAUCUUGGAUACCCAAUCGCAGAGAUCAGCCACGACGGCGAUGUUGUUAUCACCAAAGCGACUGGAUCCGGCGGACUGGUCUCUCCCGCGACCUGUAAGGAGCAACUGUUGUAUGAAAUCCAGGGCAAAUACUACCUCAACAGCGAUGUCACCGCUGUCAUCGAAAGAGUCAGCUUCGAGGCCAUGGGUCCAGACCGGGUACGAAUGUCGGCUGUCACAGGCUUGCCACCGCCACCAACGACAAAGGCCGGAGUCACCGCUCAUGGAGGAUGGAAGGUCGAGCUGAACUGGGGCCUAGUCGGACUGGAUCUUGAAGAAAAGAAGAAAAUGUAUGAGGUCCAGCUCCGGCACAGCUUAGGAAAGGAAAGACUCAGCAAACUCUCGAUGCUUAACUUGACCAUCUAUGGCUCGGUGGCGGAGAAUCCACGCUCCCAGAACGCUGCUACGGUCGACCUACGUCUUGUCUUGCAAGCAAAAGACUAUAAAUCUGUCAGCCCCGAGGAGCUCACCGCACCGCUCUUCAACUUCAUCAUGGAAACAUUUCCCGCUGCGACUUACACUAACAAAAACAUCCGCCCGACCCAGUAUCAAGAGUACUUCCCAACACUCAUCCCGCAGCCAACGACGAUGAUUCACUUCUCGACUUCAGAUUCAUCAGUUGAAGUCCUCCCACCAACAAAGACGCUCCCGGAGAAGCUGGUUCAGCCGUCAUACGAACCAUCCUCCCCACUGGCCGUUGACUCGUUUGGGCCAACAACACGUAUGCCGCUUGGUCGCAUCUUACAUGCUCGUGCCGGAGACAAAGGCUCGAACUGCAAUGUCGCAUUCUUCCCAGUCCACGAUGAAGCUUGGCCAUGGGUACGGUCCUUCUUCACGACCGAAAAGUUCAUCGAACUCCUGGCGGACGACUAUGUUGGCCAGAAGAUCGAACGUAUGGAGUUUCCGGGCAUCUGCGCAGUCCACUUCCUGCUGCAUGACUGGCUGGACCGGGGCGUUACGGCCAAUGCGACGUACGACAUCCUUGGGAAGUUCAUCUCUGAGUACAUUCGAUGCAAGAAGGCGGAUAUUCCAACAAGGUUUCUGGAGCUUGGUACCAUCUGA